AUGCCACAGACUGUCGAUCCCUCUGCCACGAAGGGUUGCUUGAGGUCUGACGACAUAAAUCACCGUGUGGCGCGUUGCCCGAAGGCCGCUCCUGGCGAAACCGUAACGAGUGCAAGUCAAGCGCUGGAAGGAAGGUAUCAUGGUGCUGGCCAGCCAGACGCAGGGUCAGAAAACGGAGCGCGAUAUGCUGUUGGAAACAUCGUCUGCGUGGACGAUGUGCCGUUGGAUACUUCUUCGGAUGUGACCAUUAUAACCCGCGGCGUCGUGGAUGGGACGCUCAGCGUGAAGUUCAACUAUGAGGAUGCCUUUGGCGUGGUUGAGCCGUACAAGAGACUCGACUACUUGGCCUCCUACAAGAGCGACCCCGCACUGACUACACUCAUGCUACGUCUCAAGUGCACGCAGUUUGUGCGACCAUACGAAGGUACGGCCCAUAAAGCGUGUCGGUUGAAGAUCUACGACGAAAGUGGUAGCGAAACGCCAAAUAACCUGGAGGCUGAGAUCGCGAUUGGCGAUGUGGGAUUUGACGUGCAGCGCCUGGACGAACGGGACAAUAUUCCAGUCGUAUGCUACAUGGUGGCCAACAAGGAAGAACCUGCUGUGGCCGCCCUCAUCAUGACACUGGACUUUCCUUAG